CCGGCUUUCCCUGAGCGGGAGACAAGGUGAGCGUCUACGGCCGGGCCCUUUCCCUCCCCCCGCGGGCCGGGCGCCGCCAGGGCUUAUGUAAAAGGGUCGCGGCUCGCUCCGCCGCGGGGCGCACGCGGAUUCCUGCACAGGUGUGGCGGCUGCCGGCGGGGAUGUGCGAGGAGCAGGCGCGCCGGCCUCCCCCCAGCCCCCGGCGGCGGCUUCGCUUCUCCUUCCUGUUGCUCAUUUAUUCUCCUCAUCUGCAUGUGUGACGGCGGUGUGCGGACUAGGGAAGGACAGAGUGCCCUCUCCCCUGCUGGCCGCGCCGCUCUCGGGUAAUGCGCUGCCUGCGCCUCGCCCCCGCGCUCCUCCGGCCUGGCUGUGGCCAGGCGCGGACGCCGCCGGACCGCUGAGGCUUGAGGGACGGUGAAGCGCUGGCCGGCGUCGGGGCCCUUCCUGGGGGUCGGGCGGGAGCCCGCGGACGGGAGCGAGAUGGAGGCGGCGAGAGGGGGCGCGCAGUAGCCGGCGGAUCCCCAGGUUCGCACCUCCCCCGGCGCCCUGGCGCUCGGCGGGGGCGCGGCGGGCGGGGCCCCCGGGGCUGCCAUGGAGGUGCCUAACGUCAGGGACUUCCAGUGGAAGCGCCUAGCGCCACUGCCCAGCCGGCGGGUCUACUGCUCCCUGCUGGAGACCGGGGGGCAGGUCUAUGCCAUUGGGGGAUGUGAUGACAACGGCGUCCCCAUGGACUGUUUCGAGGUCUACUCCCCUGAGGCCGACCAGUGGACCGCCCUGCCCCCCCUGCCCACAGCCCGGGCCGGGGUGGCCGUCAUCUCCCUGGGCAAGCGGAUCAUGGUGAUCGGGGGUGUGGGCACCAGUCAGCUGCCCCUGAAGGUCGUGGAGAUGUACAACAUUGAUGAGGGCAAGUGGAAGAAGAGGAGCAUGCUGCGCGAGGCCGCCAUGGGCAUUUCCGUCACGGCCAAAGAUUACAGAGUGUACGCGGCAGGCGGGAUGGGCCUGGACCUCCGUCCACACAGCCACCUCCAGCACUAUGACAUGCUCAAGGACAUGUGGGUGUCUCUAGCACCCAUGCCCACCCCGAGAUAUGCUGCCACCUCCUUCCUCCGGGGUUCCAAGAUCUAUGUGCUGGGGGGACGACAGUCCAAGUACGCGGUCAACGCCUUCGAGGUCUUUGACAUCGAGACUCGCUCCUGGACCAAGUUCCCCAACAUUCCCUGUAAGCGGGCCUUCUCCAGCUUUGUGACCCUGGACGACCGCUUGUACAGCCUGGGCGGCCUGCGGCAGGGUCGGCUCUACCGGCAGCCCAAGUUCCUCCGGACGAUGGACGUGUUCGACAUGGAGCAGGGGGGAUGGCUGAAGAUGGAGCGCUCCUUCUUCCUCAAGAAGCGGCGGGCAGACUUUGUGGCCGGCUCUCUGAGCGGACGGGUCGUAGUGGCUGGAGGACUUGGCAACCAACCCACUGUCCUGGAGACGGCAGAGGCGUUCCACCCAGGGAAGAGCAAGUGGGAGAUCCUCCCCGCCAUGCCCACACCCCGUUGUGCCUGCUCCAGCAUCGUGGUCAAGAACUGCCUCCUGGCCGUGGGAGGCGUCAACCAGGGUCUGAGCGAUGCCGUCGAAGCCCUGUGUGUCUCUGACUCCUAGCCGUCCCUGGGCCCACUGCCUGUGUCCUGGAUCGGAUCACCCACUCUUGACAAGAGGAAUGGUCUCGUCAAAGCAGUUUGGGCCGCUUCCCAGGAUGCCGGCUCCUGUCAGCGGCCAGUGGGGUCAGGCCCUGGGGCCCUGAGUGACCACUCCACCUCCAAACCCUACCCAUCCCCGGAAACUGCAAGGAGUCUGGAUGACUCUGCCGGCCCCGCCCCCUCGCCAGGGCUCAGGUGACCUCUGGGGAGAGUCCUCACUUGCUGCUCAGGCAGAGGGAGGUACAGGAGUGCGGGCCACCUGCCCCCUCUGGGCUUACCCCUCCCCAUCUGCAGGAUGGGAGGUAGGCAGGGCAGUUCUCACCCAGAGGAUAGCUCCUUGUAGCUGGCCUUUCCCCGGCUCUGCACCAGUCUGACGGCCUCUUAGGAUGGAAAAUGGAGAAGGGUUGCAUGGCUACCAAACCCCUCUUCCCUACCUUGGUCUACAUCCCCUCCGCCUUUGGUGGCCAACUGUGGGCCUGCCCUGGACCUCAUCUGCUCAGCAAAAACUGACCCUGGAGCUGGAGAGGCAGACUUGGAAGGGGAGUCGGGUUCACGUGGACUGGUACAGGCCAGCAGCCUUGGCCAGGGAGGACCCAGGCCUCUCGGGGUCCCGAUGGGAAUGUGAUGAUGGGGAAGGAGCAGACUUCCAGCCCAAGGUCUGCUCCCCACUUUUCUCUCUUCAUUUCUCCUUUGGUCACCCCUCCCCACCAGAGGCCCAGCCCUUUGUCACGGACAGCCCAGAGUGUUUCUGCGUGAAACCUUCUCAUUUACACUGUGGCAUCAAAAUCCACGAAGGAUGGACUCAUUGCACUCUGGUUAACAGCAGCAGCACAAUGAUUAAAAUCUAUAUUCCUA